AUGGACGGCUUUGGAAGCAACAACAACAACAACUUCAGCGGCGGGAACGACAACUUCGGCGGAGGUGGUGGGAUGGGUGGAAACGACAACAACGGUGGGGGAGGGAUGGGCGGUAACAACAACUACGGCGGAGGCGGAAUGGGAGGCAACGACAACAGCGGCGGAGGUGGGAUGGGAGGAAACGACAACUAUGGCGGAGGUGGGAUGGGAGGAAACGACAAUUAUGGCGGAGGUGGGAUGGGAGGAAACGAUAACUCUGGCGGAGGUGGGAUGGGAGGAAACGACAGCUAUGGCGGAGGUGGGAUGGGCGGCAAUGAUAACUCUGGCGGUGGUGGAGGGAUGGGUGGGGGCAACAACUUUGGUGACAACAACUCCAACUCCAACGACGGCGCGAACAGCAACUCAAACUACGGCGGAAACGGCGGCGGUGGGGGUUUCGACUCCAACAGCUCGAAUUAUGGCGGAGGGAACAGCGCCGGAGGGUUCGACUCUAAUAGCAACAGCAACAGCAACAGCAAUUCGAGCUCUGGAGGAAUGAUAGACAAGGGUGUUGAGUAUGCCGCGUCGAAAGCUGGUUUUAAUCUCGAUUCAUCUGAAGCUAAUACAAUAGGCUCAGGCCUUGAGAGUGCAGCCAGAAGGUUUUGA